GUCAUACGUCAUUUCAUUUUCAAUUUUCUUAUUGAAAUUUAUCAUUUUUUGUAUAUUUGAAGUAAACUUUUGAAUUAAUUUAUACUCGUAUAAAGUUUAACACUCUAAGAAAUUUAGUGUACACAGUACUAAGUAUAGUUACAGUUUGCAGGUUACCGUUGCUGUAGAAGACUAAUUUAUCUAGGUUAAAUUUAUGCAGUUAGUUUUCAUCCUACUGACAUUAUUUUUGGACAACCUUGCCUGACCUAAUAAUCUCUCAGGACUGUAUAAAAUGCCUUGGAUAUCAUAUUUAGAAGGGGGCCCGAAGCGGGUUAAUCAUGCAGCUGUUGCUGUGGGACACAAAAUUUAUUCCUUCGGCGGUUACUGUACUGGCGAGAACUCCAGAGAAUACACCUCAAUGGACGUUCAUGUGUUAAAUACAGCAACAUUUCGAUGGGUUCAGCAUCCAGUUAGUGAUUUGCCUUAUUUCGAAAACGAUGACAUUUUACCUUAUAAGAGGUAUGGUCACACUGCUGUCGUAUACGGGGAUAAGAAAGUUUACAUAUGGGGAGGCAGAAACGACAGGGCUUCGUGCUCGACUCUCUUUUGCUUUGAUACAAUCUGGCAUUGUUGGACAGCUCCGAAAACUACCGGCAACAUCCCGCCCGCAAGGGACGGACACUCGGCCUGCGUAUGGAAGAAUUUCAUGAUUAUCUUCGGCGGCUACGAAGAAGAAUCCGAUGCAUUUGCUCAGUCUAUUUACUACUUGGAUUUGGAAAAUAUGCAUUGGACUUAUGUACAUAUUUUAGGUCCCGAACCAUCUCUAAGGGAUUUUCAUAGCACCGUCGUGAUACAUGAUAAAAUGUUUUUAUUUGGAGGAAGGGGCACCACGAUCGAACCUUUACUCAGCAGUUCCACAUCGCAGGUGCUGUAUUGCAAUGAAUUGUGGUAUUUAGAUCUGAAUACUUGGAUGUGGCAUAAUGUUAGAGUCAGCGGCGAUGUGCCUAUCGGGAGAAGGAGUCAUUCUGCUUUCGUUUACGAUGAAAAAAUGUACAUAUUUGGCGGAUACAAUUCGGUGAGGGAAGAACAUUACAAUCACAUGUACGAAUUUGAUCCGAGGAAUAGUACAUGGAGGAUGUUGAAUAUAGUUGGGAAAAGGCCUUGCGAGAGAAGACGACAGGCUUGCGUGGUGGUUGGAGAUAGGGUAUUUAUUUUUGGAGGCACUAGCCCGCAUUUGUCUCUAACUUCGAAUGCAAACAGCAGAAACAUAGACGACAAAUUAAUAGAUCAUAGUGAUAUGUACGUUUUGGAUUUCAAGCCUACAUUAAAAACGUUAUGCAUUAUGGCCGUCAGGAAAUACCAUUUGAAUGAAUCUUCACUACCUUCGAAUAUUCAGAUGGACAUAAGGAACAUGUAUUGUCCAAAUAAAAUAUCCAUAAACAGGCCGUGUAAUUCUGCUGGAUAAUAUAAUCUGUUAACAACUGUAUAUAAUCCGAUUAUUUAUGAAAUACAGAGAGUUGCUCUAUUUUUUUAUUCACUAAUUUUUGAUUUGUGAUAUCAGGUUAAGUACAACAUCAAUGUCUACUUUGAUAAAUCUAGAAUAAUUACUAACAAUUUAACCAAACUAUUUUGUAUAAGAACAAGUUAAUUUUUAACUCAUAUGUUUGAAAAUCAAUUAAACUACUUGAAAACGUGUUUAUACAAUAG